AAAGGGGUUGGCUAGAGAGGACGGGAGCCUGUUGCUUAUCAUCAGCAGCCAAGCUGCUGUUGAACAUCUUUCCUCUUUCACCUCUUCACAUUUUUACCCCGGAAAAGAUCUGCUUGGAAUCAAGAUCACAGCGACUGCAGGGGAAGAAGCGGAGGCUCAGGCAUGCGAGCAGGCCAGUAAACAUGACCCUGCUGACAGGCGACGGCUCCGACUACGACUACAGCGCCUUGAGCUGCGCCUCCGAUACCUCCUUCAACCCUCCACCCUUGCAGGAGCAGGAGGCCCGCAAGGGAGCCUUCUACAAGAGGGCGCAGCCUGCCCCCGAGCUUGCCCCCGGACGAGAACCCGCGUCGCUGUCAAACACCCGCAAAGUCCACGCCAUUAUCAAUGUGGGUGGCAUGCGCUACCAGUUGCCUUGGACCACUCUGGAGGACUUUCCGUUGUCCCGUUUAGGCCAGCUGCACCUGUGCAGCAGCUUCGAUGAGAUCAUGGGUAUUUGCGAUGACUACGACGUCACGCACAACGAGUUCUUCUUUGACCGCAAUCCAUGCGCCUUCCGGACCAUCCUGACCUUCCUGAGGGCGGGCAAGCUUCGCUCGCUCAGGGAGAUGUGUGCCCUAUCCUUCCGGGAGGAGCUGCUGUACUGGGGGGUCCCGGAGGAGAGCCUGGAGUGGUGCUGUCGCCGACGCCUUCUACAACGUCUGGAAGAGUUUGAGGCAAUGGAGCGGGCUGUAGAGGAGGAAGAACUGCUGCAGGAUCUUUCAGAUUCAGACAGCAGGGGGCGUCCUGCAGAGUCCUGCUUGAAUUCCUUCAUGACCAAGUUGAGGGACAUGGUGGAGAGACCUCACUCUGGACUCCCCGGGAAGAUCUUUGCUUGUUUAUCGGUGUUGUUUGUCACCAUCACUGCUGUCAACCUCUCCAUAAGCACCAUGCCUGCCCUGAGGCAGGAGGAGGAAGCGGGCACAUGCUCCCGGAUGUGCUACAACGUCUUUAUUGUGGAGACGGUGUGUGUGGCCUGGUUCUCCCUGGAGUUCUCCCUGCGUUUCAUCCAGGACCGCUCCAAGCUGACCUUCCUGCGACACCCCCUCAACCUCAUUGACGUGUUGGCCAUCUUGCCCUACUACAUUACACUGCUGAUGGACACCACCUCCGAGGGCGAGAGGCGCCCGGGCUCGGGCAGCAGCUACCUGGACAAGGUGGGCCUGGUGCUGCGCGUUCUACGAGCUUUGCGCAUCCUCUAUGUGAUGCGACUGGCUCGCCAUUCGCUGGGUCUGCAGACUCUGGGGCUGACCGCCCGCCGCUGCACACGCGAGUUUGGUCUGCUCCUGCUCUUCCUGUGUGUGGCCAUCGCCCUCUACUCGCCGCUGCUCUACCUGAUUGAGAACGAAAUGGCCGCUACGCAGGAGUUCACCAGCAUCCCCGCCACCUACUGGUGGGCGGUCAUCACCAUGACGACGGUGGGCUACGGUGACAUGGUGCCCCGCAGCAUCCCAGGUCAGGUGGUGGCCCUGAGCAGCAUCCUGAGUGGCAUCCUCCUCAUGGCCUUCCCCGUCACCUCCAUCUUCCACACCUUCUCACGCUCCUACAUGGAGCUCAAGCAGGAGCAGCAGAGGAUCCUGCAGAGGAGGACGCAUUUCAUGCUGCGUGGUCACAUGACCGGUCUGGGGAGCAACCUCUCCCUGGAGAGCGACAUGCUCUUCCCCAUCGGGCCGUCUGACACCCGAGACUUGGAGGACUGACUGAAAGACGAAUGGACAGAAAGGACAAGAGGUCUUCCCAGAGAUGCAGCCCUUCUGUGUAGCAGCAACCUGUGGACAAACACGGAAAGAAGAAAGGAUUGUAAAAAAAAAAGGGUACUUUAUCUUCAAUUAUCGCUUUAAGCAUCGUUAUCAUACAACAUCCAUUAUUUGGAAAAUGUAGGUACGUUUCACCCAUAAGGCUGAGGCCUACUAUCUAUGAGACUGAAUACAGGAGCUGUAUCAAAAAAUGUAGGGUUAAAAAGUCAGCAUUAACUUCGGUAUUUAUUUACUUGAAGUGGAAGUCAAUCCCCAAAUUUUCCUCCACGGUAAUCAGAUUAACAUUGCGUUUGUGGAAUAGGAGUUAAGCAGCAAAAUUCAACGGUUUAUGUUCAUCACGGCUCACCUGUUUUCUCAAGCUGAGCCAUGAGAUCUACCACAACACAUGAUAUUAUGAUGUUUUUGUAUAGGCAUAGCUCUUGAAUUUGAUGCAGGUACAGGUUAACAAUUAGAGCUCACCAUUAUGAAAUAGUAACAAUAGUUCCUCUGCUACCAGAGGGUUUUUAUGCAAAUUUUCACAACUGAUGGGUAUCUUUCAGAUUACUGUUGUUAUCAAUGUUGUACAGCCAAGAUUUGAAUGCCAAACUUCAGAACUGUGUCUUGUGGGUAAACUAUGGAGGUAGAUUGGGGUCAAAAGUUUUGUACUUGCAAAAACAAAACUCGUAUUUGAAAAAAAAAAAAAA